UGUUUAAAAAAUAUUUAUUUUUUUGUAUCAUUUUCAAUGUAGAAAGUAUUAGAUUAAGAUAAAAAGUUACAGCCGUGACGGGGUGUCGAACCGCGUACCUAUCGUGUGUUAAUCGGGUGACUUACCCACUAGUCUAUGUGUCGCACUGCUUAUAUAAGUUUUUUAAAGAUAGUCCUUUAGUCAAUGGAUGUUUUCAUAUAAAUAUUAUUUCGAUAUUUUUCACGCUAAACAAAUUAAGAUAGUUGUUUUAUUGGAUAAACCUCAGAUUACUUAUAUUUUUCUUUAAUAUAUAUAAAUCAUUUUUAGAUUUUUUGGUAAUAUAAGAUUUUCUUUGUUCUAAAACUUCCGGUCGCUAACUUACAGCCAUUUGAAAAUUGCUCUCGACCGGGACACAUCAUUUGAAUGUAAGUAAGAAUACAAUUGAAAUUUUAUGUCUGUAUGUAUGUAUAACAUGAUAAGUUGUUAGAAUAGCUUAUACCUUUAUAUAUGAAUUAUUUAGGAAUGAAUUUAGAAGAUAAAGUUAUUUUUAAAUUGUAUCACAGAACGUAAACCGGUUUGAUCAAUUUGUCAGAUUUAUAGAAUAACAUAAAAAGGAUUAUUUAGGAUUAUUUAUUUAUUAUUAAUAUGAUACUUAAGAGUAUAUAUGCACGUGGAUAUUGCAUUUUAUUUUUGAAUUUUAGAAAUAUUUAUGGUAUUAGUACAAAACGAUAUUAUUUAUUAACAGGUGUGUGUAGCCGACAUACAUAGUAUAACUACCUAUAAGGAGUUACUAUACGCUCUGUCCCACCCUUACUUAGGGAACGACACAUAUAUAUAUAACCUACUGGAAUAAAGCGUAAUCUCAAAAGUCUGGUUGUUUACAAUGGUGUCAGAAGUGGGAUCGCCAGAUGCCUGAUGAUUUCCCCAAUGGUGUCGUGGACAACAGAGCUUACAGAUUUUUCAGUUGAAUGAUUGUACAUAUUUAUUAACUUUUGAACAUUUCUAAAUAUAUUUUGUUUAAUAAAGAAAUAAACAUACGCCAUAAAAAUGGAAGAAAAGCUGAAAGAAGAAAUAGAACAAUUGCGGAUAAAACUUCUUCAUGUUGAAGCGAGGCAAGCGGCUACAUCCAAAUCAACACCGCCUGUCUACAUAAAAUCCGAACGAAAACUCCCCAAGUUAGCUGGAAGACCCGUCAAAGACUCUGAUCCAGAUGUCGAAGAUUGGGUAACAGACAUGAGAGAUCAUAUUGUAAAUAUUCCAACAAAUGAUGAGAAAAUUGAGUUUGUAUUGGACCACCUCACUGGAAAUGCUAAAACGGAAAUCCGAAUGCGUCCAUCCGAUAUAAAAAAAACAGCGGAUGACAUAUUGAAAAUUGUUGAAGAAACAUUUAAAAUUCAAGACAAUUUGGCCCAACUCAGACACAAAUUUUAUGAGAGAGAGCAAACAGAGAAUGAAAGUUUAGAAACAUAUUCCCUAUCCUUAAUGAAACUUAUGCACAGUAUUAACAAGAAAGAAGGGGGUGACAGUUCAAACAAUGAGAAAAUUCUGACUGAAAAGUUUAUUGAUGGUGUAAGAGAUUAUCAACUCAAGAGGGAACUACGAAGGUUUUCCAUGGAAAAUCCAUCAAUGCCCUUUAUAGAAUUUCGCGGACGUGUGCUAUUAUGGGUUGAUGACCGACAGCCAAAUUCGUCGAAAAGCGCUGCUUCAAUCAAUAAAGUUUCAAUUGAAGAAACAACGCCAGAAACUCAAAGCAAUGAUAUUCUGGAGGUGAUUAAGAAACAACAAGAGCUUCUUGAAAAACAGCAGAAACAAAUUGAUUUCCUCACACAAAUGGUACCCCGGCAACAGUUUCAUUACAGAGGACGCGGCAUUCAUUCCGAUAGAGGUAGAAGCAGAGGACGAGGAUAUAGACGUAGUUUAGGCAGAUCCAAUACCAUCACAUGUUAUCACUGUCACGAAGAGGGUCACAAGAAACCUGAUUGUCCAAAACUUUCAGCAACGGCAAGGAAGAUUUCUCUGGACGACCCAAAAGCCCAACCCUCUCAGUGACGAGUCGAACUGGUGAGGGACACCAAGAAGACUCCAAACAAUCGCUAAACAAUC